AUGGCUGUUUGGCAUAUUAUUGAGGCCACCAAGCCUCAUAUUGCUUAUGCAGUUGUCGGUGUGUUUUCUGCAAUUUUCUCAUUAGUAUCUCUGUUUAUUAAACAACGGUUGUAUAUUGGUGAAUCUACUUUAGCUGGUAUUUAUGGUUUAAUUGUUGGCCCUCAUUGUUUGAAAUGGUUUAGUCCUACAACUUGGGGGAAUACUGAUAGUAUCACUUUAGAGAUUACAAGAAUUGUGUUAUGUUUACAAAUUUUCGCAGUUGCUGUUGAAUUACCAAGAAAGUAUAUGUUGAAACAUUGGGUUUCUGUUGCAAUGUUAUUGUUACCAGUGAUGACUGCUGGUUGGUUAAUUAUAGGUUUGUUCGUUUGGAUUAUUAUUCCUGGUUUGAACUUUCCUUCUGGUCUAUUGAUCUCUGCUUGUAUUACGGCUACCGAUCCUAUUUUGGCACAAUCUGUAAUUUCUGGUAAAUUUGCUCAGAGAGUUCCUGGCCAUUUAAGAAAUUUACUUGCUGCAGAAUCAGGUUGUAAUGAUGGUAUGGCGUUUCCUUUUAUUUUCCUGUCGUUGAAUUUAAUCUUAUAUCCAGGUAAUGGUAGGGAAAUUGUUAAAAAUUGGUUCUGUAUCACCUUACUAUAUGAAUGUAUAUUCGGAUGUGUCUUUGGUGUAUUCAUUGGCUACACAGGAAGAAGAGCAAUCAAGUUCGCAAAGGAGAAGAAUUUAAUUGAUCGUGAAUCAUUUCUUUCCUUUUAUAUCUUUUUAUCUUUCUGUUGCGCCGGUUUUGGUUCCAUAAUAGGUGUAGAUGAUUUAUUAGUAUCAUUUGCAGCAGGCACUGCCUUUGCUUGGGAUGGUUGGUUUUCCGAAGUGACUGAAGAGACUAAAAUUUCGACUGUCAUUGAAUUACUUUUGAACUAUUCUUAUUUCAUCUAUUUUGGUGCCAUUGUACCAUGGGAACAGUUCAAUAAUAGUGAAAUUGGUACUGACGUUUGGAGACUGAUCAUUCUUGCAAUUAUUGUCAUAUUUUUGCGUAGAAUUCCUGCAGUGCUGGCAUUAAAACAUUUUAUCCCAGAUAUUAAAUCCUGGAGAGAGGCUUUAUUUGUUGGUCAUUUCGGUCCAAUUGGUGUUGGUGCAGUUUUCGCUGCUAUUUUAUCAAGGGCAGAAUUAGAAUCAUCUGUUAGUCAUGAAGAAACUCCAUUAGCAGAGUUGCCACCAAAGGGAACGCCGCACUGGCAGCUAAUGGCUUGUGUCUGGCCUAUAACAUGUUUCUUUAUUGUUACUUCUAUUUUGGUCCACGGUUCUUCCGUGGCGGUUAUCACCUUAAGUCGUCAUUUGAAUACUAUCACGUUGUCAAAAUCAUUCUCGACACAUACUACAUUUGGAGGGACCAAACCUUCAUGGAUGGCAAGAUUACCAACUUUGGACAAAUCAGGCCGUUCAUUCUCUUUACAACGUGUUGACACAAUGGGAUCUGCUUCUAACCAAGCCACUCCUGGUGAUAUGUCAAGAACUAGUACAAUUGAAACUAGUGGUGUCCCAGUUAGACGUGCUGGUGGUAUGACAAGAAGAAAGAAGUAUAAACAUAACAAGGCUAGAAGAAAGUUGAAGAAGAGAAGAGAACAACUGUUAGGUAUUUAUGGAGUCAACGAAUUUAAUGACGAUGAGUUGAAUGAUUUAGGUAGAGAAAGAUUGCAACUUGAAAAAGAAGCACAAGCCGGCACUUUUGCCCUAGGUGGCGCUAAGCCAAUAGCUUCAAAGCAAUCUAUUGAUUUAUCUGCGAUAACUACUGAAUCCCAUGAAUUUGAUGAAACUCCUAGUAGUGACAAGAGCGAUGAAGUAUCUCAUAAAUUGGAUGCUACUUCAGCAAGCUUAUCUCCAAAUAUCCAAGAAAAAUUGUAUAAUGAUGAAUUUGGUGAUAAUUUGGAAAAUAUCCAAUCCAGACCAAUGGUUGAUAUGGAUGAUGAGAUCUAUGAAGGUGCUUCUCAUAUUUCAUCCGAACAAGAGAGAAGAGAUAAACUUUUUGAAAUGGAAUCAAUUCCUAAAGUGGCAUAUGCAGAAGGUGAUAAUAUCAUCGUUGAAAACAGGCAAGGUGAAAUCUUGGAUGAAAUUAAUUUGAGGAGAGGUCCAAAUGAUGAAGAGGCUAGCGUAUUUUCAGGUAAUGACAGUUUGGUUAGAGUUUUGAGUAACGACACAGUUCAAAGUUUCAGAGCUUUGAAAAAUGUCUUAUCCCCAAUUUCAAGUAGAGACACAAGCCAUAACAGCCACAAACCUAAAUAUCAUGCUUACAAAGUUGGUAGCACCAUUAUAAUUGAAAACGAAGAAGGUGAAGUUUUAAGAAGAUACAGAAUCAGAACGCAUUCUGAAGUUCCAAAUGAUAAAAAGAAGGAAAUCGAAAACCAAAAAGAAGUUGCUGGAAGUAGUGGUGUAUUUAGCAGAACAUUGAGUAAAUUAGGUUUAAGAAGCCGUGCAUCAUCAUCUGCACAACCUCCUUCCCCAAGAGACAUAGAAAAUGCACAAAAAAUGGUUAGACACCUAACGCCUGCACCAAAGAGGGUCAAAAUUUCAGAAUCUCCAGAUGAAAUCAGUGAUAAUGAUGAGCACAGUCUCAGUGAAACUGACGAUGAAGAAAUCGAAGAAGAAGAAAUUAUAUCUACCACUAGUAUUGAUAGUUCCAUUCAAGACUACGUUCCUCAAGAAUUACAUAAUUAUGAUAGAACACUGCAUGAUGUAAUUGACAAUGAAAGUAUGGAUGGAGCCAAUAUCAAUGACGAUUAUAGUAGUGGUGAAGAAUCAGAAACUUCUGUUGAAAGAAGAAGACGUCUAGCAGCAUUAGGUCAAUUGUCAGGUCCAAGACCAGACGAUGACGAAGAAACCUAA